AAUUUGGGGACCAUAAGGGUAAGAGGAGAGUUUCAACAAUAUGAGGAGGGUAUUUUUACAAAUUCUGGUACUCCUGACUACAAGAACAACAGAUUAACCAAUGUGUCUCUUCACUGCCUUCACUCUUGACAGUUGUCAUAGCAGCACGAGGACUCAAGGAAUAUCUUCUAGACCCUGAGCGCUAUGACCCACAAGUUAGACCCUCCGAUCGAGCAGACAUGCCUAUCAACAUCACUUUCGGAAUCUCUCUGAACGAGAUUUACGAGCUGACCGACAGGACGCAGCUGCUCAUAACUAAAGUGGAGAUUCGAGAGUCGUGGGUCGACACAAGCCUGGCGUGGAAUAAAAGUGACUUCGAAGGUCUAGCAAAGAUCGUGCUCCGACCUGAAUCCAUCUGGAGACCGGACAUUGUCCUCUACAACAAUGCUGGCGAGGAUUUCGGAGACGGUCAAACACGGACUAAUGCUGUUGUUACGUCUGAUGGCCUCGUGUCCAUGACCAUACCAUCUAUACUAAAGACCAGCUGUAAGAUAGACGCCACGAGGUACCCUUUCGACAAGCAGAGCUGCCCCAUGAUCUUCGGCUCCUGGACCUACGACGGCAACCUACUUUCAAUUAAAAUGGAGUCGCAUUCAGCAGACCUGAGCGAGUAUUCUGAAAACGUUGAGUGGGAGCUGGUUAGCGCAGAGGCGAAAUUCCACUCCAAGUUGUUCGUAUGUUGCCCAGACACCCCAUUCGAGGAAGUCACAUACACCAUCGUGGUCAAGCGGCGAUCGCUAUACUACAUCAUGUACCUCAUUAUCCCAGCCGUCGCCAUCGCCUUGCUCACCUUGCUUGUGUUCCUACUGCCUCCGGAAUGUAGCGAAAGGAUGACAGUUGGUAUGGCUAUACUGGUGGGCCUGAGCUUCUUCUUCCUUCUCGUGGCGGAGAGUAUGCCGGUCACAACGGAAGCAGUGCCCGUCAUCGGCAGAUACUACACGAUCACCAUGAUUCAAGUGUCAUGCGCCUUCUUCAUGUCAUGCUGGGUCCUCAGAUUCCACUACAGUAAGGAGGACGUGCCCCCUUGGGUCAAGGUUUAUCUGCUUGGUUACGCUGCUCGAAUUUUACGGUUUAAAUUCGCCGAGUCAAAUAUCGUGAAAGACGCAAAAGAGCUAAAACAGGACGAAGUGACCAGGUCAGCCAAGGGCCAUAUCCUCUGUUCUGAGCAAGGAAAUAACCUCCAAAAACCCAACCACUCUGACCCAUGCCAAACACAGACAAAAAAGGCACAGGAAGACCCCAACAGAUUACUGUGGAGAAACAUAAGACAGCAGGAGGUCGUGGAAGCGAGGCAGGAUGAGUGGCGCCGCGCCGCCCUGGUACUGAAUUCUAUCUUCAUGUACUUGUACUUCAUUGGUACGGUGCUGUCUGUAAUCUGCAUUCUGCUCAUACCAGCGGUAGGACAGGACUAGCAGAAAGGAAUGACUAAUAAGGUCAACCGUGCCGACAUUGUAUGCUGCUGCACAUUAUCGAGUCACACAAUGCAUUUUUAUUGGCCAAUUCAAGCAAGUAAAUGCAAGCAAUGUAAACAAUAAAAAAGAAAUAGUAAAGGUAGAAUCCAUAGAGUAGAAGUACCUAUAAAUUAGCUGUUUCAAUGCAUCAGAUGUACCAUUUGCUUGUACUGUAACGGACAGACCUGUAUACCAUGGUGAUUUAGGCAUUUUGUCAGUACAUAGUUAUUAUAGACCGAAAGCACGGGCUGUACGGUAACUUACGGACCCGAUCAUUUUUCCGUCUAAUUUCCUCGAAAUCAAUCUCGAUUAAAAUCAACGCUAACAGUUUUGAAUUUCCCCUAAAACCCAAAUGCCCAUGGUAAUUUUAUCCACAACUAAAGCUAUGUAUUAUUCAACAUCAUUGAAUUUGUGUGUAUUGUAGCAAAUACAAUCAGACAAAGG